AUGCAAAAGGAAGGAUCAAAUUCUUCACCGGAAACACAUCAGUAUGUUGGCCCGUAUCGAUUGGAAAAAACCUUGGGAAAAGGGCAAACAGGCCUGGUGAAACUUGGUGUUCAUUGUGUUCUUGGCAAGAAAGUUGCCAUAAAAAUAAUUAAUAGGGAAAAACUUAGUGAAAGUGUUUUGAUGAAGGUGGAAAGAGAAAUAGCCAUAAUGAAAUUAAUAGAUCAUCCUCAUGUUUUGGGUUUAUCAGAUGUUUAUGAGAAUAAAAAAUAUUUAUACUUAGUCUUAGAACACGUGUCAGGCGGAGAGUUAUUUGAUUAUUUAGUUAAAAAAGGACGGCUAACACCGAAAGAAGCACGUCGAUUUUUUCGACAAAUAAUAUCCGCAUUAGAUUUUUGUCAUAGUCAUUCUAUAUGUCAUAGAGAUUUAAAACCUGAAAAUUUAUUAUUGGAUGAAAAAAAUAAUAUAAAAAUAGCUGAUUUUGGUAUGGCUUCAUUACAACCAGCUGGUUCCAUGUUAGAGACCAGUUGCGGAUCACCUCAUUAUGCAUGUCCGGAAGUUAUACGGGGAGAAAAAUAUGACGGAAGAAGAGCUGAUGUUUGGUCAUGUGGUGUAAUUCUUUACGCAUUAUUAGUAGGCGCGUUACCAUUCGAUGACGAUAAUUUACGACAAUUGUUAGAGAAAGUAAAACGAGGUGUUUUUCAUAUACCACAUUUUGUUCCACCAGAUUGCCAAAAUUUGCUUCGUGGUAUGAUUGAAGUAAAUCCAGAGAAACGUUUAACCCUUGCCGACAUUAAUAGACAUCCUUGGGUAACUGCUGGCGGGAAAGGUGAAAUGGAAUUAGAAUUGCCAAUGAUGGAAGUUGUUCAAACCCAUGUGCUGCCUUCAAUUGACGCUGUAGAUCCAGACGUAUUACAAGCGAUAUCUAGUUUAGGUUGUUUUAAGGAAAAAGAAAAAUUAAUUCAAGAUCUUCUUAGUCCAAACCAUAAUACGGAAAAAGUUAUAUAUUUUUUGCUAUUGGAACGAAAAAGAAGACGACCAGCUUUUGAAGAUGAAACAGAUAGUAUGAUACGUGCUCGUUGUAUAACAUCCGCUGGUGAUGGAGCAAUUGACCCGCCUAGGAAACGUAUUGAUACAUGUAGAGUGAAUGGAACGUCUAGUUUACAUUUUGGACAAAUUAGUGAAGGCUCACCAAUAACGCCUAGGAGACAACCUUUUAAUGGUAGACAUCAUAGCGCACGAAGAAGUGGUUCUACGGGUAGUCAUUGUCAUUCACCAACACGGAGUCCAGCGGCAUCAAGUGCUAUACAAUUUAAUAAUACGCCAUCAAAUGCUUUAGGAAUAAUUUCACCGAUAAAUCAACGUACGUGUUCACCAAAUAAUUCGGGUAUUCAUUCGCCAAGAUCGGUUACACCUGUACUUGGUGGAUCACCGAUAUCCAGUCAUAGCCCACAUGGACAUGGGCAUAUUAAUACUAGUACUGUAUCAACUGGUCCGACAAUUACAUUGUCACCACAUUCAGGAUCGACUAUUCCUACGCAUCAUACGCAUACACAUCAUAGAGCAAAUAGUGGUAGUAAUGUUAUUUCUAAUAUGGCAACGUCAGCCAUAAUUACGUCACCUGAUUCCACUGAUACAACUGGCUUAGUAUCAGGCACCAUGACACCACCAGGGUCACCUCAUUCAAGUACAACCGGUCAUCAUUGGCGAUCAAGGCUGACAACAAUAAAAAAUAGUUUUUUGGGAUCCCCACGAUUUCAUAGGCGAAAAUUACAAACGUCAUCCGAAGAAGUGCAUCUUACACCUGAAUCCUCACCAGAGCUUACAAAAAAAUCAUGGUUUGGUAGCUUGAUGACAACAGAAAAGGAUGAAACUUUCACGAUUUUAGUCAAAGGGAAGCCGUUAGCGACUGUUAAAGCUGAUCUCAUUCAUGCCUUUUUAUCGAUAGCAGAAUUAAGUCAUUCAGUGACAAGUCCAAUGUCGUUUCGUGUUGAAUAUAAACGAGGAUCCACUGGACCAGCAAUGUUUCAAAGACAUGUUCGUUUUCAAGUAGAUAUUUCAACAAUUUCAACAGCAAAUAAAUCUCAGAACACCACACCUGGUUCAGGAAGUCCUAAUAAUACAAUAAAUACUGUGGAAAAUAACAAGGAUUAUUUAUAUGCUAUAACUUUCACUUUAUUAUCAGGUAAUAUAAGAAGAUUUCGACGAGUUUGUGAACAUAUCCAGGCACAAGUAUGUAUCAGUAGACGUAGUCCUCGCACUCAACGAAAGUUUACGCAAGAAUUAAGUGAAAGUUCUAGUUGUGGAUCUGAUACUAGUGAACGAUUAUCACCAUAUCCUGGCACAAGACAGAUUGAGAGUGACGUAGAAAGUGAAUCACCAUCAAUGUUUGAUACUGGACGUGAAAAUGGUCGACGAUCAUCAACAGCGGCUACAAAUAAUAAUACUGAAUCGUCCAUACAUAAUACAAACGAUCCAAAUAAUUCAUCCACAAAUAAUUCAACACCAAACAAACAAGGAAAUCAAAAUAAGACAGUACGAUCGAAUUCAGAGACAACUGAUUCAUGUGAAAAGACAUGUUUAACAACAAUGUCGGGCAGUUCAAUUGCGUAA